AUGACUGGUGAAGUCAAUAAAUCCAUUUUCCAAAAACAACGAAUAAGUCUCCGACUUUGGGCAUUUAAAUACAUCGAUGUAGAAGAUAUUAAAUCGUUCGGUGUUUGUGUUGAAGGCUACAGACCAAGUGAUGAUACCGCCACGACUAUGCGGAAUUGGCAUUCCACCGCCAUUCAGAGAAGAAUAUCUUCAUCGCUGUUGGAGUCAUGUACUGGGACUAUAUACGAACUUCGAGGCUGUAUUGACAAAGAGUUGGCUUUUCAAUAUGGAUAUCCAUUCGGUCUUGUCGCUGCCUUUGAAUACGGUUUUCCUAAGAAUUGGAGGGAUAUCCUCCAGCAGUAUUUUGACGUUGUGAAAACGACAAAUCCGUUGAAUGCAUCACAUCACUUCAGCAUGCUUGCGCGACGUCGCUCCCUUAACACUGUGCGAGGACAAAAUAAGUUACAGGAGACUCCAGGCCAAGUAGAACGGCUCAACUCCUUUGCUGCGUCCACCACACUUCCUCCCACUAUUUACGAAGAAAGUGAACACGAAACAACGAAGAACAGCACUCUUAAUAAUACAAAAGAAGCACAGACCAACAGUGGGGAAGAGCAUUUUUGUGCGGAUGCUUCCGAUACACGUUCGAGUUCGACUGCUUUGCUCGACAAACACGAAAAUAAAUCACUUGUCAAUGGGUCAAAUGAAUUGAUGAACUCAGCAGUUUCGUCAGAUUCAUCGAUUUCUUUCCUACCUCGCCAAAAUGAAGAUCCUUCCAAGAUUGAUGUACAAUCGCCAGCGUCUAUAAACUCACAAUCGCAUUCGAUCGAUGUGUCACCCGGACCGCUGUUUGAGGAGCCCACUUCCACAAAGAGACCACAAAUAAACGAGGUUACAGAGGGGAAUGCGCACACGGAAGAGAACCACCCAGAACUUGCGCUUGUCCAAGUACCGCCUAGAGUUGAAAAGCCUCUUUCACUAAAAGAAAAAAGUGAUGAUGCAGUGGAACUAAGCCAAUGGUCCAUUCGAUUCGCUCCACUUUAUAGUGGUCCGCCUCUCGGUUUUCCAAAAUUCGUUAUUCUUGGGACAAGAGAAAGUCAUCCCAAUAAGUGGCAGACGUCUGUUAUUGUUCGGGUUGCGAAUGCGCGUAUUCUAUACACAAGUUCAACAAGAUAUCGUCUCGUAGGUGAUAUUGAUACUAUGGAUUGCGCUUCUGCAGGUUUUCCAAAGGAGUUUGUUCGAAUGUUCUUAUCGGGUUUUCCUCCUGACUGGAGAACCCGGAUAACGGAACUAUAUAACAGCAUUUUCGGACACUUGGAAGCUAGCAAAAACAUGAUUGAAACAAGCAAAGACCGUCGGAAGGAGGCGUUCGGACAUCAGCUUUUCGAGGAUGAUGACGAUGAAGUUGAAAACUUCCAGUUCUCUCAUCGCGUAGCUGAUUCGAAUAGACCGCUAGCGAAGGUCUCCGCACAAAACAGGUCACCGGUUGAUGUAUCUAUCAGGGAAUCUAGCACCAAGAGUGUUAACAAGGAUCUAGUUCCCAGCUCAAGUCAGGCGUCCAUCCCAGCUGUCCGCCGGUCUCGAAGCGGACGGUGCAUUCGACCACCACUAGCAGAAUGGGCAGGACAACGGGUGCGCUAUGAUGGAGCUGGCAAUAUACUUGGGAUCGAAGAUAUAAUGACAUCUACAAAUCACCCUAGAGGAGCAAAUAUAACGAAGGCUCUUUCCGAUCACUAUGGUGUUCCACUCUCAGCUACAUCAAGACAAGUUGAAAAAUACCGAAAGCCCCAGCUUGGUGUUAAUCGUAGGCCUAAGAAAGCUCCCAGGCGGGGAACUUUGGUGGAAUAUAGCGACAGUUCGGACAGUGAAGGAAGAAGCAAAAACAGAAGGCGUGAACCAUUUUCAUCUGACGAAGAUUUACCCAAAAGAAAAUGUGUUAGUAGAUCUAAGAAGGUCGGAUUGGAUGACCACGAAAUCGAAAAAGAGCUCAGAAAGGACCGUCUUUUGUUGCUGGAGGAAGCAAGAAAUAUCCGUAAGAUGCAGGAGAAAUUGUUGAUGCUCGAAAGGCGCAUCACCGAGAAAGAAGAGAUGUGGUUGAGGAAAAGUAAAUUAGAAAGGAAAUUGACAGCGCGUAGCCAACGACACUACUAUGAUGAUAGAGAGGAGCGAGAGGAAAUACAACUGCGAGAAAAACAAAACUUUAUGAAGAGCUACCCCAAGUACAACAAGCGAACGGCUUUUCGAGAUGAAGAAGAAAGACGAUAUUUCGAGGAGAAGCGGUUGGAAAGAAAACGUUUCCAAGAAGAGUGGGAUAGAGAAAACGAGCAGAUCUCUUCCGGUUCAGAUGACAUCGAAGACGACAGCUGGUGUGAACCAGUUCGGAAAAGAAAAAAGCAACCUGCCCGAAAAAUACGAGCGAAAACUUCUUCAUCCGAAAUUUCUUCUCUUGAUGAUGAAAUGAGUGAUGACGAAGUAGACGAGACAAUGAGAAAAGGAAAGGAAUGCCCUCAACAAAGGAAGAAAGAAGAGAAAAAAGAAAAGGGAUGGAACAAAGCAGAAUUGCACAGAUUGAAGUUGACUCUAGCUGCGAUUCGAGUAGUUACUGAUGAUGACUGGGAGAAGGUAGCACGUUCUUUAGGAAACGAUCAUAGUCCGGAGUCAUGCAAACAGGCCGCUAUUAAACGUCUGAAAUGGGAACCACCUUCCGAUAAAGGGGAACCACCUCCAAUCACCUCAGAGAUAAUAACAGCACGGACGGGGACGAUUGCACACCAGCAUCAGACGAAUGAGUAUACGAGAAAAUUCAUGAUGGGAGCUGGAGAACAGGGCGACGACUUCUUCAGGCAGAAUGACGUUAGCCUAAGUGAGAGCAUACCAAACGUGACCGAAUUCGGCGCUGACGACUCGCUACUGGAGGUUCUACGCACUCCUGUAGAUGUGGCUAUUCAAAGAAAGGGUCCUAAACGCGGUCAAUUUUUUCCUGAACCUAUCGACGAUGACACUCCAAUAAGGAGAAGAAGCAGUUGCGUUUUAAUGGCUACACCAACCAAUUCUGCUCAACGUGAACGUCAGGAUCGAUAUCUUCAUCAUAUCAUGCAUAAAGGCCACUAUCGCAAUGACAUUUCUAGAAUGAACCACACACGAAAUACGACUCGUACUGAUACGUUUCGAGAUUAUCCGGGCACGAAUAAGAUGAAUACGUUUGCGAGCUUACACGAAGAUCUCGAAGAUGUCGCAAAAAUGACGAGGAAGGCGACACGAAAGAGAAAUGAGGAAUUGGAUGAAAAUUCAGACAUGGAAUUAGAGCUGGACGAGAAUCAUUUUGACGACAGCGGAGAUUUCGAAGUUUUUCGAAAUGAUUAA